AUGAUCUUUUUGAUCUAUUCUUCUAAAACCAUUGUCCUCAAUAUUUAUGUAAUGGCUCUCAUUCUCAUGCUGCAGGUGGAAAAAAUAAUGUGGAGACUUAUCCUGAUAUUACUUGUGAUCCAGGCAAAGGGAACUGAAUGUAGUUCUCAUGGUCUUUGGAGAGCUGUAAAUCCUGAAGUUCAUUUAGAUGUUGUAAGGAUCAUUCAAUUCUGGUCAUACCCUGUGGAAGAUCACGAAGUUGUAACUGAAGAUUCAUAUAUCCUUACCCUUAAUAGAAUUCCAUAUGGAAGAACAGUCAAUAAAGUAUCUGGUCGUCAGCCUGUUGUGUUUUUGCAGCAUGGCUUGUUGUCCUCACCUGUCAGCUGGAUCUCCAACCUUCCCAACAACAGCCUGGCCUUCAUUCUGGCAGAUGCAGGCUUUGAUGUUUGGAUGGGAAACAGCAGGGGGAGUACUUAUUCCCUGAAACAUGCAACGUUGUCAACAAAUUCCACAGAGUACUGGGCUUUCAGUUUUGAUGAAAUGGCUAGAUAUGACCUUCCAGCCUCCAUUGACUACAUUGUGAAAAAAACUGGGCAGAAGAUAUAUUAUGUGGGUCAUUCUCAAGGCACUCUUAUUGGCUUCCUAGCAUUCUCCACCUUACCCAAGCUGGCUCAGAAAGUAAAAGCAUUUUAUGCCUUAGCUCCAAUUUUUUAUGUUCAGCACAUCCAAAGCGUUCCAUUUCAAGUGCUUUUCCAGAUAUCCCCAAAACUACUCAAGUACGUACUGGGUGACAAGGACUUUCUGCCUGAGACUGAAUUAAACAGGCUUCUGGCCACCAAAGUAUGCAACAAUGAAAUAAUUGGUUUCAUCUGUGGCAAAGUCAUCUUCAGCUUGUUCGGAUGUGAGCCACAAAACUUGAACAUGAGUCGAAUUGAUGUCUAUGUGGCACAUAACCCUGCAGGAACAUCUGUCCAGAAUAUUCUCCAUUACAUCCAGCCACUCUUGGACUCCAUGUCUUCUCCAUAUGACCAUCAAGCUAUCUGUCCCCUGUGCAUGUACCCUGUCCUGUAUGGAAUGUCAAAGGGUAUGCAUGAAAUUCAAAAAAUUCUUCGAGCUUAUGACUGGGGGAGCCCCAGAAAGAACAUGGAACACUAUAAUCAGCCUACUCCCCCAACGUACAGUCCUUCAACCAUGAGAGUGCCAACUGCCAUCUGGAGUGGUCAAAAAGAUUUGUUGGCUGACCCAGUUGAUGUCUUCAACUUACUCCCCCAAAUCUGCAACCUGAUUUACUACAAGAACCUGCCUAAAUACUCUCAUUUGGAUUUCAUUUGGGGCAAUAAUGUACAGAAUGAUAUUUAUGAUGAAAUAGUCAAGAUGAUAAGUAAGACCCUAUAG